AUGCAAGCUCCCACUCCUCCUCCGGGAGCUAUCCCCAUACCAGUGGGACCUGGAGGCCAGAUGCCGUCGCCCCAGCAGAUUGCCGCGAUGCAACAACAGAUCGCAGCCGAAGCUCAGAAACAUGGCAUGACCGUUCCUCAAUUCAUUGAGCACAUCAAGGCACAGCGUCUAGCACAGUUGCAGCAAGCCCAAAGACAAGCGCAGCAGCAAGGGCAAGGACAAGGUGGCCAAGGCCAGCAAGGAGGACAACAAGGACCUCAAGGACCGCCACGCCCAGGUCCUCCUCCAGGACCCCAAGGCCAACCUCAGCCUAUCCGUCCCGGACCUCCCAAUCCUCUAGCAGUCACACUCGCCAAUUUCCUGAGAGGUCAGCCUUUGAAGCCACGCACUUGUAUUAUCAAUGGAGAGCGUAAGGAUAUGUUCAGAGUCAAGCGAGCACUUCGAGCUCUCCAAUCACCCGCCUAUGCGAAGCUCCGAGCUAAGAAUCCAGGACUCCCCGAGAUUACUGACCGUGCGUCGCUUGAGAACACCUUUAAGCUGCUACCUAUGUCCAUGUUAGCUUUACGUGUCAGUAAGAUAGACCCUCACGCAGGACACGACCAUCCUCCCAAGAAAGGGAAGCGAAUCAAGGGACUUUGGACUGUCAAGAUCGAACAGCAACAAGACGCUGCUGAUGACAUGUACUAUGUCUGGUUGUACGAAGGUAGCCAGAUUAUGCGCAAAGUCUACGCCGCUCUUGCAUUGGUUCUCAUCUUCAUCGUCGUCCUAUAUCCGCUGUGGCCACUUGUUUUGCGACAGGGUGUCUAUUACCUUAGCUGGGGAUUCUUGAUGCUUCUUGGUCUAUUCUUUCUCAUGGCCAUCUUCCGUGUCAUUCUAUUCUGUAUUACAUACUUCGUCGUGCCCCCAGGUCUGUGGCUAUACCCCAACCUCUGGGAAGAUGUCUCUUUUAUGGAUAGUUUCCGUCCAGUGUGGGCUUGGCAUGAGACCACGAAGCCCAAGAAGAAGAAGAAGAGAUCCGCCUCGGUCAAUGCUGAAUCUGCCGCUCAACUUGCUAGUCACACAGGUCAUCCUCCUCCGGCAACAGCUACUACCACCGCGACGACCACUCAAGUUCAGACCGCUCCGCAGCAGCGAGCUUAUGUAGCCCCCAGAGUCGAGGAGCUUGCCGAUGAUGAAUAA